CCUCCCUCUCAUCCUCGUAACCCCUCAGCCAUGGCUUUACGCCAUGGCCUCUCCCUUCGGAAAUUCAAGCACACGGUCUGACUGAAGAAUUUCGUCUUGGAGCCAGCUUAGCAUUGCGUAUGGGUCUGUCUCAAAUGGAGGCUUCGCGGCUGCACCUGUGGCAUUGUAGACUGAGUCCGAGCAUGUCACAAUCUGAGCAUGUCAGAGUCUUUCUUGAAUUACCCGUUCCUGAACGGUGAAUCUUUCAUCACAAUUUCGACUUCACGCGCCGUGCUUCUUUGUUCUGCCUUUCUUUGUCUAAAUCCCCGCCUCGAUUUCAUGCUCGAAUUACCAGGUUCCAGCAACAACAGCAUGGCUCCUAGUUAUUCUUAGCAUAUCAGCAUUGUAACAGUAAUUCCGGUGAGGAAGAUAUAUGGUUAUUCGUCAAACGAAGCAGCUUCGCUCGUCGCGUCAUGGAUCCCCCCGCUUCUUCCGGCGACCGUCGUGGUUACCACGCCAGUGGUUACCAUGCCAGUGGUUACCACGCCAGUGGUUACCACGCCAGCCAAUCCCCUUCCAGUCCAUCUCACGACAUCAGGCCAUUCCCUUUCAGUGUGUCUCCUGAUGACCUUCCUUACAGUCACAUGGCUGUACAAGAACGUCAGGACACCUACAGACAGACUCAAGGACCGAGCGACUUUCAUCCAGAGCACCUUAUUUGUCAAGAUUACGGGCCUUCCGCUUCGGCUUAUAACGCGUAUCAGCGUUACGGUGACUCGAGCUUACUGGGUAGGUCACGGCCUACCGGAUAUUGCGAUCAGAUGUACUCCUCCUCGACCCAGAUACGCACGACUCCUACGCACACAGCUUCGCCACCCGAUAGGUCGCGGCCUACUGCAUAUGGCGAUCAGAUGUACUCCUCCCCUACCCAGUUACAUGACAUAAUAUGCACGUCUCCGGAGAUUCAGCAGUCUGCUGCUUACUACUCUGACCCGAGGCGGUACUCUUUUGAGGCUUGCAAUGCAAACUCGCCUGAUAUCUAUCGCGAAUCGGCGCGAGCACCGCACCGUCCAUCGCGUUCCGGAGAAAGGAGAUCCGACGGUCGACCGUUGGCCGAUUCCAUGCCCAUUCCCCCUUCCGCGUUUUCUUCCGACGGCGUCGUUUCCUCCCAGCGACAGCUGUCCGACUCAUCACCCGCGUAUUUCAGCGCCGCCGGUGGUUCCAGAAUGGACGGUGCAGCGUGGUUGAUCGGAUCCAGAUCGGGCGGUGUGGCGAAGUGGAGCGGGUCCAGAAUGGACGGUGCAGGGUGGUCGAGUGGGUUCAGAUCAGACGGCGCAGAUUGGUCCUCCCAGCCGCCGACGAUGCCGCUUGAGAGGACUCUGACCGACCCGCGGUGCUUAAGCUGGCUCGAAACCCCCGCCGGGAAUGGUGACUAUAUCAAUGGAAGAAGCGGCGGGCCGCUCGGCGAUCGACCUUGCGUCUACCACGAAGGGCGAGCCGGUCUAGGCGGCGCUGGAGGUGGUAGUACUAUGGGGGCGUCCUUAACUCGCAGCGCCAGUAGCACCGGGAUACCGGACUAUUCCAUCCAAUGGGCCCGCAGCGGCGGUGACGGCGGAUUUGGCGGCAGUGGUAGUGGCGGCGGCUGUAGCGGCGGCAACGGUGGCGGUAUAAUCGGCGGCGCUUGUCAUGUCAACAGCAGCGGUGUCGGUUAUGGCGGUUUUGGCGGCGGGAACAGCGGGGAUGCUGCAUGGGGCGGCGCAACAGUCGCUUGCGUCAAUCGCAGUGGGGGUGAUGCGCUAGGGAGCGCGCACCAGGCUUAAACAUGGGGGAUCCCCCGUUUUGCGCUGAUGCGGGGAGCAACCAGACUCCCCCAGGCGCGGACCCGGGGAGCUUCCAGAAGCAGCCGUUCCGAAUGAACAGCCUCCCUCGCGCACGCGGGGUGCGCCUCCCGCGCGAUGAGACGGGGCCGGCCUUUAUCGAGUCAGCUUGUAGCGGGCCAGCCGUGGAUGGAAUGCAUUUCACCGAAAGUUUUGAGGAGAGGAGGGGGGUGGGCGAUGGACGGGAGUAUGC